GUAUUCUCUAACUGCUCGCUGACCACUCUUUCUCUGUGUCUUCAAGAUGAGAGCAAAGGCAUUGCCAUUCUUGAUAUUAUUUCUCAGUAUUACUCACUGUAUCUCCCAUGCAGCAGAACUCAAUGGACCUUCAAAGCAGUCAGAGACCAUUAGUUUCGAAACAGCCGGAGGGCUGAGACAGGGCUUCCCUAAGGGGUUUGUCUUUGGAACUGCUACUUCUGCUUAUCAAGUUGAAGGCAUGGCUGACAAGGAUGGUCGUGGGCCUAGCAUUUGGGAUGCCUUUGUCAAAAUUCCUGGGAUCGUUGCCAAUAAUGCUACAGGGGAAGUGUCAGUGGACCAGUAUCACCGCUACAAGGAAGAUGUAGAUAUCAUGAAAAAGUUGAACUUCGAUGCAUACCGGUUCUCGAUUUCAUGGUCCAGAAUUUUCCCUGAUGGAGCUGGAAAAGUGAAUUGGAACGGAGUUGCAUACUAUAAUAGGUUGAUCGACUACAUGAUCAAAAGAGGCAUUACUCCAUAUGCGAAUCUUUAUCACUAUGAUCUUCCGCUAGCACUUGAGAAGAAGUAUAAUGGAUUGUUGAGUAACCAAGUAGUGAAAGACUUUGCCGAUUAUGCAGACUUCUGUUUUAAGACCUUUGGAGAUCGAGUAAAGAAUUGGAUGACAUUCAAUGAACCUAGAGUGGUGGCUGCGCUUGGAUAUGAUAAUGGGUUCUUUGCUCCUGGAAGGUGUUCCAAAGCAUUUGGGAAUUGUACAGUCGGCAAUUCUGCAACAGAGCCUUAUAUUGUUGCUCAUCAUUUGAUUUUAUCUCAUGCAGCUGCUGUUCAGAGAUAUCGCGAAAAGUAUCAAGAAAAACAAAAGGGAAGGAUUGGAAUUCUCUUGGAUUUUGUUUAUUACGAACCUCUUACCAGAUCAAAAGCUGACAACUUAGCAGCUCAAAGAGCAAGAGAUUUUCAUGUUGGAUGGUUUAUUCAUCCUAUUGUAUAUGGUGAAUAUCCGAAAACAAUGCAAAAUAUUGUCGGGAGUAGGCUGCCCAAGUUUACAGAAGAAGAAGUCAAGAUGGUGAAGGGCUCAAUGGAUUUUGUGGGAAUCAACCAUUAUACUACUUACUACAUGUAUGAUCCACAUCAGUCCAAACCAAAGAACUUGGGCUACCAGCAAGACUGGAAUGCUGGAUUUGCUUAUAAGAAGAAGGGAGUGGAAAUUGGUCCAAGAGCAAAUUCUUAUUGGCUUUAUAAUGUACCAUGGGGUAUGUACAAGGCUGUGAUGUACAUCAAAGAGCGCUAUGGAAACCCUACAAUGAUACUGUCUGAAAAUGGGAUGGAUGAUCCUGGUAAUCUCACACGUUCCAAAGCAAUGCAAGACACCACUAGAAUUGGCUACUACAAGGCCUAUUUGUCUCAACUGAAGAAAGCAGCUGAUGAUGGAGCCAAUUUGGUUGGGUACUUUGCUUGGUCAUUACUUGACAACUUUGAAUGGAGAUUAGGCUACACUUCAAGGUUUGGAAUUGUGUAUGUUGAUUACUCCAACCUUAAGAGGUACCCAAAAAUGUCUGCCAAUUGGUUCAAGCAUCUCCUAGAGCGGAACAAACAUUAAGCUGGCAGGCUUUCUUUGAUUUAGUUGUCUGGAAAACAAUGUUCUUGCAAUAAAGCUAUUGAGAUCUUCGUUUUC